AACUAACGAAGGCCAAGAGUAAAUAGAAAUACAGCCCUUAAGUCUGCAACCCAAGAGCUGGACACCCCUAAGGGAGCCAGCACAGAUCUGGGGCUAAUACUCGAGUCUCUGAGGCUCAGCAUGCCAGGCAGAGGUGCUGCUGCAGGACAGAGGCCCUGCAGUGCCAACUGAUUCACAAUGGCUGUGUCAGUGGCAGCCUCUUUGAGACACUCUGCCUCUAUACUGUCAUCUCUGUGGAAAGACCAAAGGGCCCUGAAAGAGGAUAAGAUAAAGUUUCAGACUUGGGCUCAGCAGAAGAGGAACUUGAGGCUGGGGCAAGUGCCAGAAUCUUCAUGUGUCAGGUUGGGGAUUGUGCUGCUGUUGGUGAUUUUCGUGCCAAGUAUGUACUGUCACCUAGGAUCUGUAUAUUAUACUUCCUAUGAAAUAGUCAUCCCCAGGCAGCUGACUGUUCAGGAAAGGGACACCCCAGUGAAAGACACAUCCUAUAUGAUAUUUAUGCAGGACCAGAAAUGGGUGAUUCACCUGAAGGUGAAGAGAGACUAUUUUGUGAAGAACUUUCCAGUCUUCAGCUACCACAGUGGUGUCCUGCGGCAAGAAAUGCCUUUCAUCUCACAUGACUGUCACUAUGAGGGCUACAUAGAAGGAGUCCCAGGUUCUUUUGUUUCUCUUAACACCUGUUCAGGCCUCAGGGGCAUCCUGAUUAAGGAGGGGAAUCCCUAUGGCAUUAAGCCCAAGGACACUUCAAAACACUUUGAACAUGUGUUGUACACCAUGGCACACCAAGCUCGAGUCUCCUGUGGGGUCACCUCCAAAGGCAGCCAAGUGGUGUCUGCCAGCCGGCAACAGGCGAGCCGGAAGCCUCGCAGUCCACAGGCACUGCCCUCCUCGUGGUCACACACCAAGUACGUGGAGAUAUUUGUCGUGGUCGACAACCAGCGGUUCCAAAUGUGGGGCAGUAACGUCAGUGAGACAGUCCAGAGGGUAAUGGACAUCACCGUUCUGGCCAACAGCUUCACUAGGGGAAUAAACACAGAGGUGGUGCUGGCUGGAAUGGAGAUCUGGACCGAGGAGGACCUCAUAGAAGUCCCAGCGGACUUGCAAGUUACACUCAGGAAUUUCAACAGCUGGAGACAGGAGAAGCUCUCCCAUCGUGUGAAGUACGAUGUUGCCCACAUGAUCGUUGGACAUCAUCCUGAAGGAGAUGUGGGACAGGCAUUUCUCAAUGGCGCCUGUUCAAGUGGCCUUGCAGCAGCUGUUGAAGCCUUCCAUCAUGAAGAUGUCCUCCUGUCUGCAGCGCUCAUGGCCCACGAGCUUGGGCACAACUUGGGUAUUCGGCACGACCACUCAGCCUGCGUUUGUGAGGAUAAACACUUGUGCCUCAUGCACAAAAAUAUCACCAAAGAAGGUGGCUUCAGCAACUGCAGCUCUGACUACUUCUACCAGUUCCUCCGGGAACACAAAGGGACCUGCCUAUUUAACAAGCCUCGGCCCCAAGGUCGCCUGCGUAGGAAUACAGAGUGUGGAAAUGGUGUCUUGGAGGACAAUGAGGAGUGUGACUGUGGACCCGACUGUGGUAAUAACCAGUGCUGUGACCAAAUGUGUAGGCUGAAGGAGCAUGCACAGUGUAGUGAUGGACUAUGCUGUUCUCAUUGCCAGUUGAGACCUAAGGGAUUCAUGUGUCGUCCUGCUUUUGGAGAGUGUGACCUCCCUGAAUAUUGUAAUGGUAUCUCCAGAGAAUGCCCCAGAGACCACUAUAAGCAAGACGGUACACUGUGUGAUAUGAUUCACUAUUGUUUUGGUGGCCGGUGUAAGAACCCUGAUAAUCAGUGCGUGGAUAUAUAUGGGUCCCCUGCAAGGUCUGCCCCAGAAAACUGUUAUAUUUCCAUGAACACCAAAGGAGACCGGUUUGGAAACUGUGGCUUGAGGGCCUCGUCUAGGACAAAGUAUGUUAAGUGCUCUGAUGAGAAUAUAUUUUGUGGGAAACUUGUAUGUACAAAUAUUAGACGGAUACCAACAAUCAAACUCUACCAUACUCUGAUCCAGGUAGCUCACAAAGAUGACUGGUGCUGGAGCAUGGAUGCCUAUAACAUGACUGAUAUCCCCGAUGAUGGAGAGGUGCACACUGGCACUCUUUGUGCCCCAUACAAAGUCUGCAUGAAUUACUCCUGCACUGAUCAUGCUGUGCUCAACUAUGACUGUAAACCUAAAGAAAUGUGUAAUGGAAGAGGAGUCUGCAACAAUUUAAGACACUGUCAUUGUGAGGCUGGCUAUGCACCCCCUGACUGCAAAGCUGCAGGAAAUGGGGGUAGUGUGGACAGUGGUCCCCCUGGGCAACCCACUCAUGACAAUCUAAGUGCAGGAGGAAGUGCCAAUGUUGCUAAACGUAAGAAUGAAAGGAAGCCUCAUGGCAUGAUAAUUUUCAUACUCCCUGGAUUUCUUCUAGUAUUAAUGUUGGUUUUAAUAUUUUCCAUUACCCUUAGGGCUGGAAUUGAGUCAGUAGAGAUGCCAAGAGGCUCCUCAGAGAUCACAGAGCCUACUGUGGACAAGAAAACACAGUCCUUAGAAAAGCAACCCACAGAUAUUGGAGAGAAGCGUCUAGAGGAGGCUCCAGAGAAAGUCCCCUCACUGGAGAAGGAAGCCCCCCCACUAAAGAAGGCUUCCCCACUGUUAGAGGCUCCCUAACCAUAGGAAGCCCCACUGCCGGAGGCCCCACCACCAGAAGCCCCAGGAAAACCUGCAUCAUAAGAGGUAGCAGGUGAAGGACAGGAAUAACCAAAGGCAGAAUAGUGGAGGAAGAAGUCAAAUACAUCAAAUACCUCAAGCACUGAGUGGGAAUGAGAAGCUCACAGAGACAAAGGUGAAGUGAGAACUGAUAGCUCCAAGUGGCUCUAACUGGACUAUAGGGUCUAGAGAAACAGUAACCUGGGAGGAGGGAACCCAGAUUUCAAGACUUCUUGUAGUACUUUGGUUACACAUUGAUAUAAGAACUCAUACAAAAUAUUCUGUAGUUUUGCUCUUUCUCAUUUCAUGAAACAAGUUUAUUUAAGCUCUUCUCAUGGGUCAUUGUUAGCAAUGUCUUGUACUAUUUGGGUCAAUAUCUGAACUAAAAUUAUUUUUCAUAGCAAUACCAUCUUCCAUCUACAUUGUCUGGCACAAUGUACUAUCAGUACCUAUGUCAUUACUGAUUAUACACCCAAGUCACAACAAUGCAUUAUUUAGGAAUGUUAUCUAUUGAGUACCCUAAUUUGCCAUGAAGUUUCUAUUCAUGAAAUAGACGUCUUUUAAAAUAAAUAAAUGGCAAUUUUUGGA